AUGGGCAAUUCUGACUCGUCUGAUGAGAUAUUAGAGACUGAUUGGUUACAGUGGCAGGAAUUGGAACCUUGUCUGGAAAUUGGAGAUCUGAUCGAGUUCCACCGUGGAAUCUACAACGUGCGUACUAUUCUGGUUGUUGAAGUAGAAGCAAUCCCCUUUGUGAGUCGGGCUCUGUGUGUCGCUCGAAAAGAUGGAACAGUCUAUGUUGCCCAAUUGUCACCCGGGGAGAACGAAUGCGGAGGUGAAUCAUCGUCUUCUUCUGGUUCUAGCGUGAUGAUUGCUAAUGCAGACAAGGCAAAGGUUAGGAUAGAUAGACUAAGUGCGGUAUCAGAAGGAAAUUAUUGUCGAAAAAACAAUUCUUUGGAUUGUGAAUAUACUCUUUUUUCGCAGUCCGUUAUCGUUGAUAGAGCUCAAAACAGAGUUCUUGAGUGUUGCCGUUGGUACUGGAGAUUACAGUUUGUUUUCAAUAACUGCGACCAAUUUGUGAGAUAUUGCAGAUAUGGAAAAGCUGAAAGCGACCAGGCGGAAGCGGCAGAAGCGGUAGUUGAUACGGCAGUAAUAGGACUCAUAGGAGCGGACCAAUUAGCCGAUGGGAUCGUCGAGGAAGUUCAGGACAAUCAGACAGAACCCAAAGCCUCAUAUAUUUCUUAG